UGGAGCGCGGCGGCGGACGCGGGGAGCGGUGCGGGGCGCCGGGACUGCUGAGAGAGAGAGAGUUUGAUCGCAAUUUUUUGGGGCGCUGAUUUUGCUACCUUUGUGCCUUUUUCCUUUUCUUGAAAUCGUAUUCCGCUUUUUUUUUUUUUCCUUUUAUUUGUCUUUUUUUUUUUUUUCCUCGCCUUCUGGGAGUCUGCGGAGGGCUGCACGGCACCGCCGCUCCUCUCGGGGCGGCUCAGCCCCGCGCCCCCUUCUCGCCUCCCCCAUCCUUUUCCCCAUCCCGCCCCGCCCGCGGCCACCAAAUGCUCAACAUGACCGAGGAGCACGACAAAGCGCUGGAGGCUCCGUGCAGCCCCGCGGGCACCACCAGCUCCAUGUCCCACGUGGACUCGGACUCCGACUCCCCGCUGUCCCCCGCCGGCUCCGAGGGCCUGGGCUGCGCCCCCGCGCCCGCCCCGCGCCCCCCCGGUGCCGCCCCGCUGGGCGCUAAGGUGGAUGCGGCCGAGGUGGACGAGCGCUUCCCCGCCUGCAUCCGCGACGCCGUCUCGCAGGUGCUGAAGGGCUACGACUGGAGCCUGGUGCCCAUGCCCGUGCGCGGCAACGGGUCGCUCAAGGCGAAGCCGCACGUCAAGCGGCCCAUGAACGCCUUCAUGGUGUGGGCGCAGGCCGCCCGCAGGAAGCUGGCCGACCAAUACCCGCACCUGCACAACGCCGAGCUCAGCAAGACGCUGGGCAAGCUCUGGCGUUUGUUAAGCGAAAAUGAGAAACGUCCCUUUGUGGAAGAAGCUGAGCGGCUCAGGGUCCAGCACAAAAAGGAUCACCCGGAUUAUAAAUACCAGCCCCGGAGGAGGAAAAGCGUGAAAGCUGGGCAGAGCGACUCCGACUCCGGGGCCGAGCUCAGCCAUCAUGCCGGCACCCAGAUCUACAAGGCUGACAGCGGGCUGGGGGGCAUGGCUGAUGGCCACCACCACGGCGAGCAUGCAGGCCAGCCCCAUGGGCCGCCCACGCCACCCACGACCCCCAAAACUGACCUGCACCACGGCAGCAAGCAGGAGCUGAAGCACGAGGGCCGCCGCCUCGUGGAGAGCGGCCGCCAGAACAUUGACUUCAGCAACGUGGACAUUUCAGAGCUGAGCAGCGAGGUCAUCAACAACAUGGAGACCUUCGAUGUGCACGAGUUUGACCAGUACCUGCCGCUCAAUGGCCAUACUGCCAUGCCGGCUGACCACGGCCCCGGUGCUGGCUCCUACAGCACGUCCUACUCCCACUCGGCAGCAGGCGCCGGCGGGGCUGGCCAGGUGUGGACUCACAAGAGCCCGGCCUCGGCAUCGCCGUCAUCGGCUGAUUCGGGCCAGCAAAGGCCGCACAUCAAAACGGAGCAGCUGAGCCCCAGCCACUACAGCGACCAGUCCCACGGCUCCCCUGCGCACUCUGACUACGGCUCCUACAGCACCCAGGCCUGUGCCACCACUGCCUCCACCGCCACAGCUGCCGCCUCCUUCUCCAGCUCCCAGUGCGACUACACGGACCUGCAGAGCUCCAACUACUACAACCCCUAUCCCGGUUACCCCUCCAGCAUCUACCAGUACCCCUACUUCCACUCCUCACGGCGUCCCUACGCGACGCCCAUCCUCAACGGCUUGUCCAUCCCACCGGCCCACAGCCCCACCGCUAACUGGGACCAGCCGGUCUACACAACCCUGACGAGGCCUUAAAAAGGAUGCGUGGAGCCCCCCCCAGGGCUUCCCCGACGUAUGCACUAAUGAAGGAACGAAGAGGAAGAACGUGGAGUGCCGCGAUUGUUUCCCAAGUGCCUCCUGAGCCGCUGGGAACUCUGCUCGUUGCGACUGGGUGUCCCCUUGCUUUGAAACUCUCCAAAAGGACAGAGCUCUAUUUUUCUUUAAUUAAUAAAAUUAAAAAAAAAAAAA